AAAACGUUGCAUUUGCGUCACUGUAAACGAACAAAUAAGUAACGACUGUUUGAAUUGUUUUGCUGUUAAAUUUGAACUGAACUAAAAUUAACAAAAAUAAACCUUAAAAGCUGUAUUGAGAAGCCUGGGUUGUUUCAAUAUAUUGUAUUCAAGUAAUUGGUACUCAACAACUGUUCAUUGAUAACCAUGGACCCCAACGAUAUAGACUUAGAAUCUAAAUGCGAGAAUCUGAUGAACAUAGUCGUAGAAUCAAGAAAAAGGUUUGGCAGAACGUGCGUAGAUUACUUCCAAAAAUGUUUGUUGGUGGAGAACAAACUAUUGAAUUUACAAGUCGAAACGAUUUCCAACUAUCGUUUUAAACCUAAAAAUGCUGUUCCAAGUGUAGACGAUGAUAAUUCUAAGGAUUUGGAAGAUUUAUUCGUUGAAAUUGCUGAGAAACAAAAGCGUAUUGAGAACUUGAGGAAAAAAUUGAAGAAUACGCAUGAAGUUGUGUUACAACUAGAAGCCGAUGCGGUUGGAAGGAAACUGCGCGUCCCUCUUACUGCUGAAAGGAUGCUUGCACAAGCGAAAGCUAAGAAAAUAUAGCCCUAUAAGUGUAUAAGAAGUAAUUUCCUGUCCUUUCUUAUUUAAAAAUGCAAAAGUAGCUGUGUCUGUCUCUGGCAGGCUUUCAAGCUAUAACUAUUGAUCAAUGAAAUUUUGUAAAUAGGUAGUAUAGAAGCUCAGAAAGGCCAUGAGCUACACUUAAACCAGUUGUAGGAAGCGGUUCCCUGCUUGAUGAAAGUGGGGAACACAUAGUUUAAAAUGUAAUUUUUACUAGUAACUAAUGUACAGGCAUGUUAUGUGAAAGAAUGAGGAUCAUGUUGCACAUAGCUGUUGAACGUAACUGAAAAAGGAGAUGACUAAAGAAAAUAAAUAGAUUGUGUAAGUCGA